AUGUCUUUCAAUUCCAAAGGACUGGCAGCAUCAUGCAGUUUGCCAUUGCACGAACCUUUCGGGGAAGUAGUCCUUGUGGUUCAUGGGACCAUCACAGCCAAGCUUGCUACUUGUCUGGAUUUCUCAAGCGUCUCUGGCUCCGCAUGGUACGGAUCUGGUCGAUCAACGAAUUGUCCAUUCUACAACCACACGAAGUCUCGUCUACUUCAGACACUGCCUCCUUUCAUACAGCUGUCGAAAACAAUUAAUUGGUACAUACUAUCCAAACACAAAGAAACUUCCUAUGAGAAUAGCAACAUUGACUCAAAUCUUCCCAUCGUUUCACAGAUACAUAGUACCGCCAUCAUACCAAAUGGGUUGAGUACCAAACGACAGCCAUAUUCUCCAUGUGCCUUUGCUGAUUGUAUAUUCAAGGCACUUCCAAUACACAUCAUUCACCGCUCUAUAUGUGGAUAUCAAUGUCACAAUCCUGCUUCAUUGACUCUUAGAGAUUUUUCGUGGCUCAAGAGCAUUUGA